AUGCACGGGUCUGCACAACCUUCUCCUCUGCCUUCUGAUGCGUUUGAUCCAUUCUCCCACAUCUUGUCAUCAGACCUCCCUCGUCUUUUUCUCCUCAGCCCUUCUCUUACUCACAUCACGGCCUCGCCCCUCACGCUUCUUGCACUGAAUGAGUUUAUAAAGGAGGCGGUACUCGCAGCAGUGAGAGAGGAGCUGGCUGCAUACAAGGAGGAGGUGAAUGAGUUGCGGCAAAGGGAGGAGAGGAAUGGGUCGAUUGCUGCUGUGAUGGAGGAGAGGGAGAGGGAGCUGGCAGCAAUGAAGCAGGAGUUGGCUGAACACAAGCAGUCAACUAAAUUGCAGUUUGAGGAGGCUGAGAAGAGACGAGUGGCGGAGAUGAGGGAGAUGAGAGGGCAGGUGGAGGAGAGGGAGGAGCUGGUUGCAGUGAGGAGGGAGGUUGCUGCAGUGAAGGAGGAGCUGGGGGAGCACAAGAAUGCUGAAAGAGGAAGAUAA